CAUCGAAACAUUUUCAAGAAAGGAAGAAAACGAGGAUCAUGUCUGUAGCAAAUCAAACGACCUUAUUUGUCAAAGAUUUUAUUAUCGUCGGUUUCCCUGGAUUCCAAGAUCAAGAAAGCAAAAAAACACUUUUUACAUUCUUCCUCAUUGCUUAUCUUUUUAUUUUGCUGGUAAAUCUUAUGCUGAUCUUCAUUUUUGCUGCUGACAGGAAUCUUCACACUCCGAUGUAUCUUCUUGUGUGUAGUCUCGCCAUUUUGGAUAUUGUGCUUUCAACAAACACCGUGCCUAGGAUGUUAGCCCUCUUCAUUUCAGAUUCAAGAUCGACUCCAUUUGUGACCUGCUUUACUCAGACCUACUUCUUUUUGGGUCUUAGCUCAGUUGAAUGUUUCCUUCUUGGCCUCAUGGCUUACGACAGGCACAUCGCAAUCAGCAAACCCUUACAUUAUCCCUCCAUAAUGACUAACAGUCGCAUUUUGAAGCUCAUCAUCUAUAGCUGGGUGGGUGGAUUCUUGUGUCCAGCAAUAGCAGUGGGUCUCGCCCUUAGGUUUCCAUUUUGUGGCCCUAAUAAGAUCACUCAGUGCUUCUGUGACUAUUCUUCUGUGUUAAUAUUGGCCUGUGGGGACAUCAUGCUUACUAGCUAUGUGGCAUUAGCCAUGGGCCUAUCUAUUUUAUUUAUUCCACUGAUUUAUAUCAUAUUUUCCUAUGCAAAGAUCAUUAUGUCAGUACUGAAAAUUAGCUCAGCUGGACGUAUGAAGGCUUUUUCCACAUGUGGCACACAUCUACUGGUCAUUUCUUUAUACUUCUUUGUUACUGCUGGCGUAUUCAUUUCUUAUCGAAUUCCUGGCACUUCUGUCGAUGUACGGAUCAUGGCAGCCGUGUUGCAGAAUGUGUUUCCACCUCUGAUGAACCCAAUCAUUUACUGUCUGAGAACGAAAGAAAUCAGAGAAAGUUUUGUGAGGACCUUUAGAAAAAUUAGAAUUAUACCAUCGCGUUUAUGAAACAUUAAAGUCCUUUUCUAUUAAUUGUCAGAUAAACUACAACAAACUAGGCCAGCAUCAUUUUGGUGAGGAAGAGGAGAAACAUAACAUAGUCAUCAUGUGGUUCAGCUGUGACCUACAAUACUCUGUAGUGUAGAUAACGUUAAAUAUGCUCAAACUAAAAAGUAUUACAUGCUGUUUCAGCAAAAUAGUUAAUGUGUCUGU